AUGUUUAAUGGUAAAACAAUGGUGUUUUGGGGAUUGGUUUUAGCUCGUGGUUCGAGUAAAUCCAUUCCUCACAAGAAUAGCAAACUGUUUGCCAAUAAACCAUUGAUUGCAUGGGUUUUAGAGCCCAUGAAAUUAUCUGAUGUUUUUGAUGAGAUUUGGGUGUCGACUGACGACGAUAUGAUCGCAUCGAUUGCUCUGUCCUUUGGGGCGAAUGUUCACCGAAGAAGCGAUAAAAGUGCCACCGAUUCGGCCACGUCUUUGACAGCUGUCCAGGAAUUCUUGAAUACAGUUAAAGGUUGUGUUUGUGCAUUAUUUUCAUGGAUUAUCACAUAUUAUCUUCAAAAUAUCAAAAUAAUACAGUUUAUGUGUGUUUUAGGCGCCGACCAAAUCUGUUUGGUUCAGUGCACGUCUCCUCAUCUUCAUUACGAUUAUCUCAGAAAAGCUCACAAUUUAAUGAUUAAACAAAAAUAUGAUUCUGUAUUUUCUGUAUAUAAAAGUCAUUCGCUUCGUUGGGAUCUUCAACUAAAUCCUCUCAAUUUUGAUCCAAAAUGUCGCCCACGAAGGCAAGAGUGGACAGGUAUUUGUGAAAACAAAAAUAUGAUUCUUCAUUCGCUUCGUUGGGAUCUUCAACUAAAUCCUCUCAAUUUUGAUCCAAAAUGUCGCCCACGAAGGCAAGAGUGGACAGGUGAAUUCAUAGAAUCGGGACAUUUCUACUGUUUUACCACAAAUUUAGUCCAAAACGAAGGCUUAAUACAGGGAGGAAAGUGUGGAGUCGUUGAGAUUCCUAAACAUUUUUGUAUAGAAAUUGAUGAUAUGAUUGAUUGGAAAAUUGCCGAACAGUUUAUUAAAAUCAAUAUUUAA